AUGGAUCAAAUAAUAGACUCUCAGAAUCAGAUGGUGAACUCUCACUCUGAAUCCAUUGCCAAGAUAGAAGCUUACGAAGAAGAGCCAUCUCCCAUCUACUGGUCGACACAACAGCAGUCUCAAGCCACACCAUCUCCUCGUGCAAAUUUACUUUUCCAAACAAUUGAUGAAUAUGGAAUUUUACAGGAACUGCAAAAACAUGGAAGUCCUGAUAUAGUCAUGGCCUUAGUUGGUAACAAAGCUGAUCUUCAGGAGAAGAGGGAAGUCCCAGAUCAAGAAGGCAUUGACUAUGCGGAGAAGAAUGGAAUGUUUUUUAUCGAGACAUCUGCAAAGACGGCAGAUAAUAUAAAUCAGUUGUUUAAGUCGAGCUUUAAGACUCGAAAACUCGAUGCAAAGAUUGAACUGGACAAGGCUAUAAGAAGAGAUCCCAUAACAAUAUAG